AUGAAUACACCUAAUGGAAAACUCCCUUCUUCCGGAUUACUGACUCCUAAACGGUUCUCGACACUUACACCGACAAGAGCUUCUAUACAAGCACGGUCUAGUCUUCCUUUGUUUAAUUCUGCAUCUUACACGACUAUCAAUUCGACACCAGCAACACCUGUCGGCUCUAACCACGGCUUAAAGCAACCCAGGUUCUCUCCUCAAAACCAACGAAAUGUAAAUAGUUAUGACGAUGAUAGUUCUGUCCCUCCGAGUCCCAUAUCUAGUGCCGUGAACACAAACGUUAUCACUAGCAUCCGAAUUUGUCCAACAAGAGAUGUGUCAAACUCAAUAUGGACAUUCGGUGCACUUCCUUCGGACCCUCUGUAUCGUUCCUUUAUUCGAAAUAAGUCUCAAAACUCUAGCGUCCGCGAAUUUGUCUAUAACAAUGUCUUCGAUAUGUACACUUCUAAUUUUGAGGUAUACCAGAAAUCGGUGUACGGCUUAGUUCAAAAUGUUUACAUGGGUUAUAAUGGCAUUGUUUUUGCAUAUGGUAUGACAGGUACUGGAAAAACAUACUCUAUGCAAGGCCAACCAGGUGCUGAUGGAAUGAUUCCUCUUGCGGUGCGUGAUUUAUUUGAGCUUGUCGAGCGCAAUAGCAGCUCUGACACCUUUCAAAUUCACGUUUCCUACUUAGAAAUUUAUAAUGAACGAAUUCGCGAUUUAAUUACCAAUUCGUCAGAGGAACCUCGCAUUCGUGAAAAUGCUAAUGGUGAAGUCACCGUAACUCCUGUUGAACGCGUUCUCGUCACCACUCCCGAAGAAGUCAACUCGCUCAUUGAGCAGUGCGUGGUGAACAGAAAAACAGCUGAAACAGAUUUCAAUAAACACAGCUCUCGUUCGCAUGCAAUUCUGCAAAUAUUUUUAACCAGGAACAUCACAAAGGAAGGGAAAACCGUUUGCUCAAACCUUAGUCUUGUGGAUUUAGCUGGUAGUGAACGGGCCUCUUCUGACAUGGAAAGACGCAAGGAAGGAGCUUAUAUCAAUAAAUCACUGUUAACACUGGGUACCGUCAUUUCGAGACUGAGUGCCACUUCAGCGUCUGGUCUGUCCUCUUCCAAUAACAGUCAUAUUCCUUUCAGAGAUUCGAAACUCACUCGGCUGCUACAGCGAUCACUCUCAGGAAACGCGCUUAUAUCACUUCUGGCUACUAUCAGCAUAGAGCCACAACAUGCACUGGAAACAACGAAUACUUUAAAAUUCGCCUUACGGACACAAAAUAUACCAUUGGAUGUAAAACGUUCGGAAGGAAAUUCAGAUGUGCAAACAGAACUUAGUGCUUUGCAUAUUCAACUGAAAAAAAAGGAAGCUGAGAACGAGUAUCUUACUUCAGUGAUUGCUCAACUAUCUUCUGAUUUAGAGCAACGCGAUUCAUACAUUGCAAUGCUUGAAACAGAACGAUCCCAGGGCGCUGCAAUUAAUAGGGUACGGAUGCGAAUGGAAGAACUACUCUCUGAUCGAGAUUUGGAAAUUGCAGACUUGAAGGCGGAAUUACAGGACAAAGACAGAAUCAUUCACGCAUUACGUUUCGCACAAAAACAAAGAGAAAUUGCCGAGUACAAUAACUCGCAGUUGUCCUUACGACAUCCUUCUCUAGAAAGUUAUGACCCAUACGAUGAAAAUGACGAUGAUCAACUGAUUGAAAUUAAAGAAGAUGGUGUGUAA